UGUGUGUUGGUGUGUGUGUGGAUGAUUCAGCAGCUCGUGCAGCGGCAGCAGUCAGUCCACAGCAGCUCGACCUCUGCACAGGUCCACUCCGGGCAGACCGGCGCAAACAAACAGCUCUUAUUUACAUGUUUACCUGCAGCAGAGACCGCGAGUGAACCCCUGCAGGUGGGACGUUACUGCCGGAGACCCCGUAGUGCUGGAGCCGUUAACAGGCCGGAGAGCAGCAGCGAUACACCGCAGCAACACUGAGGCUUUGUCCUUCUCCAUCUCCCGCUGGAUUUUAUCCUUAUUAUCAGUAUUUAUCGGGCUGUUAUCGCGUGUCGUGGCUCCUCAGACUCUCCACGGGUGGAUUUAACUCGCACUCGUCCUGACUGACACACAGCUGGUUUCAUUCAAACACCUCAACUUGUACAUUUCCGCAUUUUGACGUCUGAUGCUCCGACUACCCGGCAGAUCCAUCUGGCUUCUCUCUGAAGCUCCCAGUGUGGUUUCUCACCAGUGAUCACUGCAAGUCCUCUCCUGGUGCUCAGUGUCUCCAUGGUGAAGUGGGCGGGGUCUGAUGUCAGCCCCUCCUCUUUUCGACCCUCUCACCAUGCCCACCAUGGUUUCUAGGCUUCCCAAGUUUGGCUCACGUCCCAAAUCUGCUGCACUUUCCAAUGGCACUCAGACAGGUCCGGCUGCCACCGCGAGCACCGGCACCUUCACCAGCACUCGCCUCACCAACGGGUUCUACCACCACCCCGGCCCAGCAGGGGUCAACAGCAGUCUGACCACGCCCCCUGCUGCUGUUAAACAGAAUGGAUUCAUCAGAGUGCCGACUUCAUUUUCCAUGAAAUGGAGGAAAGAAAAUGAGAAGGUGGAGGACGGAGGAGCUGACGGAGAGAAGGAGUGGAGGAAAGGAACUGGUGGGAAUGUCGGGCAGAAUCGCUCCGUUAACAACAUCCAUCAGUAUAAUUCCCAACGCCAACCGGGAUCACCAGUGGUGUCACAGCGUGAUGCCAAGAAGGCAACCACGUCUUCUGCAGGAAAGGGGCGUAGUUUUGGUUUUUCUGCAACACCUUCAUCAACACCAUCGCCACAGUCCAGCCCCAGAACACUUCCUGUCUCUAAAAGUGGAUCGCACGGUUCCAAACCAAGCCAAACUUCUCUCGGGCUCAGCAACGGCACCAAACCAACCCUAAAUGGUUUUUCUGGUUCCAAACCAAGGAGCACUUCUCUGAGACAGCCUCAGAACUUUGCUCGCUCUGGCGGUUCUCGACCAGGUUCAGGUCCAGGUUCUCGUUCUGGUUCCCCCUUCCAGAAGAAACCACCGGCCAGCCGCUCCUACUCCAGUGACAGCCUCGGCUCCGCUCCGUCCAGCCAGCUGACUGAGAGCGAUCGCUUUCGGUCACGUAGCCUCACGCAGGUCCGACGGCAGCCCUCCCCCACCCUCACCUCUUCCUCCACCUCCUCCUCAGUCUCUCACAACACCCGCUCCUACUCCUCUAACAGGGCUGCGGGGCGAGGAGCUUCUUCUGCUCAGGCUCCGCCCAGAAGCAGCUUAGCAAAGCCUCCAGGUACCAGCCAGCCUCCUGAGGGAGGAGGCAGAGGUGGAGGGGCCAAAGCUCAAACUUCUGCUGCUCCAGGGAGGUCAGGGUUCAGCAUCCCCUCCCUACUUCCCCCCACGGCCUUAAAGAAGCCCCUCCUACCCAGCCUUGGCCCCGCCUCUAAGCCAAGCGGCAUCAGCUACAAGCUGUCACGCCCGUCACUCAUCAAGCAGUCUCGCCCCCUCCGAGUGACCUCAGCCAGUGAGCUAGGGGGUGAACAGGAAGUGAACCAAGGACUGACAGCGCGGAGAGACUCAGUGGAGACGCCUUCGACUACAGAAAACAGCCCAGAAAGUUCCCCGGAGGCUCCAGAGACAGAGGGGCUGUCGGCAGAGCCAGCAUCCCAGGGAGAGGUGUCGAUUGUGGGGGAGACGCUGGAGGACAUGUCCCUGUCCUCCAACUCGUCUCUGGAUAGAAACGACACCAGUCAGGAGUACAUGGACGACUUUGACAACCUGGGAAAUGGAGGGGUGGGCAUACUGCUUCUGUCCUCUAAAAACGAUGAAGAUGACUCAGGGCUUGACCAGUCAUGCACCAGGUUUGAUGAAGACAAAGUGGCUGUUAACGGUGUCACCAAGGCAGCGGGACUCUGUUUCCUGGACGACGGUAUGGACUGGGCCGGCAUGAGACUCAGCGGUGAGCAAGGGGAUCAUCAUCUGACCCAACUCCCCCAUCGGAGAACGUCUAGUCAGCCGGACUACCACGAGCAGGGCGGUUCGUCUCUGGACCUGUCCCCAUCGGACAGCUGUGGGUCUGGGGGAACCUACAUGUGGGAUGAGGAGGGCCUGGAGCCACUUGGGGGCGCCGCCACAACCGCCUCCAUCAACAUCAACACAACCAACAGCAACACCACCCAUCACAUCGGGAGCUUCGACUCCGACCUCAACAGCAUUGACGUCUUGAACAACCUGGAGUCUUGUGAUCUGGAUGAUGAUGACCUCAUGCUGGACGCAGACCUCCCAGAAGAUGCUUCUCUUCACAGCGAUGGAGACGGCAUCGCCCACAUGGCUCAGUGGAGGAUGAGGCAGCUCUGCUGGGGAACGCAGGACGUCCACAACGACAAUGAGAGUGAUUUCCAGUGCUACAAGCUAACUGAGGAUCCUGGGAAUAAGAGGACAGACAUGGCCAGGGACAGCGACCUCAUUCUGGACCUCUGUCCUCCAAGGUCUCCCUGCAUGUCUCCUGGGACUCCUGGUUUGGGUGCUGAUGUGGAGGAACUGGCUGAAGACUGUUCUGCAGUCAGGUCACAGCUGGAGUUCCUGCAGAGGUUGCUGCUGCAGGAGGAGGACAUGGACGAGGACACGCUGACCACGGACACUCUCCUGAGUCCUGAGAUAAACAACGACUCCUCCCACAGCUCCGACACUCGGGUGCAGGCUCUCCUGCAGGAGGUGCAGCAGCUCAGAGAGGAGCUGAGGAGCCGAGACCGAACCAUCGCACAGCUCACCAUGCAGCUGACUGUCCCCACGGCGACCACCAGGUGUCGCUGCCAGGAGACGCCGGGGAGGGUGGAUCGACACACACAGACGAGUGUGGCGGAGAGAGAGAGCGUGGCCUCGCAGACGCCGUGGAGAGAGCACACUUCACAGAUACUUCACCCCUCCAGCCAAGAAGUCCAGGAACCACUGACGCACCGAUGCCCAGCUCCACCCCCAACCCGAGCUCUGCCUCCAGCUAGCGCCUGCUCCACCCAACCCCACAUCCCCGCUGACAGCCUCCCACUCUGUCCUGACACCAACGGCACCCACAGCAUGACCGAGGGAGGAAAGGACACAAGGAAAGAGGAGCAAGGAGAGACGAAGGAGAGGAGAAGAACCUACAGCAGGUCCCAGCUGCUGCCCCCGCAGCCCUCAAAACUCCACCUCUUCACGUGUCAGACCUCCAGACCUAACCCCACCUCUGCCUCAGCUGCGAAGACGAAGGUGUCUCACGAUCCAGAGGGCAGCGGCACUUCUGGGGUAAAGGUCAAAAUGGCAGUCUUCACCUCUGGCUCCUCGCGCCUCCCCAAGCCAAAGAGCCACUGAGCUGUCGGCCUGUUAUCCACCUUCCUAAAACGCAGCGACGUGAUUGAUCCUAAACUCGUUAAAUUAUUAACACUUAACUUAUUUAUUGUUGAUAUUUUGAGCACUGUGACUGAUAAUAAAGGUUGAAACUCUUUAUUUGACAGGUCCCACAAUGAUUUCAUACAGCGACGUGACACUGAUAUGUAACUGUAACUUCAGAACAGUGUUUGAUGAUAUUUGGUCCCAGGCGUGGAGAAAAUGGAGGCCGUGUUCUGUGGAGGUGUCACGGAAAAAAAAUAAUAAUGAUUUGCACAAUUUAACAAUUUGCGCCCUCGAUUUGGCCUCAUGCAUCACCUUCAUGGCGUCGGUUUAAUAUGGUUUAAUGUGAAAAUGCUUCAGGUUUUGGCUCUUCAACACGACGCUACAUUAUCGUUGAGAUCCAUUUUACAGACAAAACACUCUGAUGAUGCUGCAGAUGUUGUCCAGUUCAUAAAAACUCAGCGCCAGCCAAACACGUCCAAGCUGUUUGCUGCUCUCUACAAGAAAUGUAUGUUAUGAUAUUAAAUCAAGAGCACAAAUUAAUUUGUUGUUUUUAUUUUCUCCGUGAAACCUCCCUGGCACUUUCAGAUAAUUAACUCCAGUUAAUUGCAGCCGGCAAAUCAACGAGGAGAAUAAAGUUUUCAGUGAUGAAUAAAUUGAAGUUCUUUCAAGGAUACUAUACAGACACUACCGUAAAGUAACUCUCAAAACAUCCGAACAGCUUGUACAAAAUAUAUCAGUCAGUUUUCUCUGAGAUUAUUGAAGCAAAAACUUUCAAAUGAUGUUCUUAUGAAACAUUACGUGUGGUAUUUAUUAUUUAUUUCCAUUAGUUAAUGAGUCAAAGACAAAAAGUUCACACUGGAAGCUCGUCGUUUCUCAGCGGACGACGUCGUGCUUCUUCUCGCGACACUCGCUGUGUGUUAGGAAGGAGUUUUAUUCUUCGUGUGCCUGACUGACUCACUUCCUGUCUGACUUCAAGCCGACAGCGUGGAAACUCCUUGGACCCUGCUGCUCUCCCACCCUUCAUCCUCCCCCUCACUGAAAUCUCCUCCAGCAAGGGCACCAAGUCUUCCUCGCUGGGGAGUCGCCCAAACACCCAAACGCAGGAUCCUUCCAUCCCUCCGUCUGUUUAUGUGUUCAUUUAAGACUCAGACCUGCUGCUCUGCAAAACAACACGUCUCCAAGGUCAGAAACUUUUUUUUAUGUUCAGAGAAAAUAAGCUCUUCAGAUCCUCUCGCUGUCUGCGUCACGUGUCCGGUCUGGGCCUCACAUUCGGUUUGUUCUUUCUCGUCUCCACUUGUAGUUUUAUUCUUGUGAAUCCAGAAAACGAGGAUUAAUUCUUGAUUUCACUCGUUCCAUUUACUUUAGAUUGAGGGGUUUUAAUCGCUGACAAAUGCAUUUUACAACCAGAGGUACAGCUGCGGUUGAUUAGUGCAAUAAUCUGACGGUUAAAUGCUGAAUAUUUCAAGAUUAAAACUUCCUUCCUCCAGUCUGGAUGACUUUGCUCCUGCAUGGUUCAGCCAUCUUUGUUGAAAACAAGGUGUUAUCUCUUGUUUUCUGAAGCGUCAUCAUGUUGGAGCUGACAGCGGAGAUUUAAACACCCUGGAGCUCGACUGAAGACCAGAUGAGGGUGAAGGUCUCAGUGUGCUUCAAACAGUGCAGCACUGGAAUUUCAUGAAGUACAUUUACUCAAGAAACAUUUAGGUACUUGUACUUAGGUAUUUCUAUUUUACGCUACUUUAUACCUCCACUCCACCACAGUUCUUCAUUUAUCUGAUACACACACUCGUCGCUCGUUCCUUUGCAGAUCAAGAUUUUAUAGACAAACCGUGUGAUUAACUCCACAACCAGUACUUUUACUUUUGUUAAUUUAAGUACAUGUGGUGGCUUAUAUGUGGAGUAUAUAAAGACACCCACAAAUCUGUAAAAGCAAAUACCAGUUCAUGCACUUUUCCAUCCCCUACUAUAAUGUAAAUAUUGGGAGUUCAUGGAGAUAAUCACACACACACACACCUGUUGAAUGGAGCGAGAUCAGGGCAGCAGCCAGGAGGCUUUUUCUGACUUCAGACAUGUUUGUUUGGAGCACACAGAGACCUUAAACUAACAGAGCGAAGUCUGGAUCCUUCAGAGAAACUCAGCUAAACAUUUAUUUAUUUCACUAUCAACCUUCAGCAGAGGAGGAGAAAUUUGUGUCUGAAAUGUGAGCCCUCCUCCAUCAGUCACUUUGUGAGGCACAUCACUGCUCCUCUGAGACAUUUACAGGAUCCGUACUCACAUUAACAUUUUGUCGAGAUCACGCUGCGAGUCGCAGAAAAUACCUGGUGAAAUGGUAAAAAAUGAGCCAGCUGACAUUUACUCUCUGCCGACACAUUAAAUACUCAGACGAGUAAAGUAUUAUCUCAUCCAUGUCAGCGAUCAUCAGUCAGGAGACUCUGCUCACACCACGCCGCUCGCUCUGAUAUUAGUGACACUGUAUGCAAUCAGAAUAUGCAACAUCAUAGGUUCAACCCCCCCAGACUGACACCCUGCCCUGCCCGCGUGCCACUGAGCACCAGUCGAGCUGUUAAAAAAUAUAUGCAAAACAAAGUUAGAUUAGUUUCACACUGCAUGCAGCUGAAGAAGGUGACGGACGAUCUCAGAUAUCAGUUCUGUUUUUGGUCGUUUAUCAUCAAACAUCACACGUGCUGUCGUUAGAGACAGAAGACGGACAUUAAGACGUCACUGCAGCUUUAAGAUGUUACUGACAAAUGAAGUGAAACAACAACAACAACAACAACAACACCUGGUGUGAAAAUCAUUUUCAUUUUAACAGUCAGUUAAUCAUUAAAGUCAUUUUCGUCUUUCUUUGUAGUAAAAAAGCCAAACUUUUAACCACCUCCGAGAGGUGGAGGAGAAGAGGUGAGGAGGUGAAGGGAGGAGGCUGUUGGUUCUACUUGGUCUUUACUUUGCUUCUUUUGUCCCAGCACUCAUUUCUCCUUUCCCAUUUCCUCCUCUCCUUUCCUACAUCCUCUGUUCCUGGCCUACAACUCCCUUUCCUUUCCUAUAUUCUCCAUUCCUUUCUUACGUUUACCUUUCCUGUCCUGCAUCCAUCUUUCCUUCCAUUCCUUGUCUGCAUCCUACUUCCUACCUCCUCCUUUGUUUCCUUCACCCUUCUCUCGUGUCUUACAUCGUUCAUUUCCUUUUCCACAUCCUUCAGACACGCCAUCCUGUCCCUUCCUACAUCCUCUGUUCUUUUCCGAUAUUGUCCCUUCAUACAUCCUUAGUACCUGUCCUAUUUUCCCCUCUCCUCUUCUACAUCCACAAUUCCUUUUCCUGCAUCCUCAGUUCCUUUCCUACAUCCUCUGUUCUUGUCCUACAUCGUCCUUUCCUACAUCCUUAGUUCCCUUCCUACAUCCUCUGUUCUUGUCCUACACCGUCCUUUCCUACAUCCUUAGUUCCUUUCCUACAUCCUCUGUUCUUUUCCUACAUUGUCCCUUCUUUCAUCCUUAGUUCCUGUUCUGUUUCCUCCUCUCCUUUCCUGCAUCCACAAUUCGUUUCCUACAUCCUCAGUUCCUUUCCUACAUCCUCUGUUCUUGUCCUACACCAUCCUUUCCUGCAUCCUUAGUUCCUUUCCUACAUCCUCUGUUCUUUUCCUAUAUUGUCCCUUCCUUCAUCCUUAGUACCCAUCCUAUUUCCUCCUCUCCUUUCCUGCAUCCACAGUUCCUUUUCCUACAUCCUCUGUUCUUGUCCUACAUCGUCCUUUCCUACAUCCUUAGUUCCUUUCCUACAUCCUCUGUUCUUUUCCUAUAUUGUCCCUUCCUUCAUCCUUAGUACCUGUCCUAUUUCCUCCUCUCCUUUCCUGCAUCCACAAUUCCUUUUCUACAUGCUGUGUUCUUGUCCUACAUCAUCCUUUCCUACAUCCUUAGUUCCUUUCCUACAUCCUCUGUUCUUUUCCUAUAUUGUCCCUUCCUUCAUCCUUAGUACCUGUCCUAUUUCCUCCUCUCCAUUCCUGCAUCCACAAUUCCUUUCCUACAUCCUCUGUUCUUGUCCUGCAUCGCCCUUUCCUGCAUCCUUAGUUCCUUUCCUACAUCCUCUGUUCUUGUCCUACAUCGUCCUUUCCUACAUCCUUAGUUCCUUUCCUACAUCCUCCGUUCUUUUCCUAUAUUGUCCCUUCCUUCAUCCUUAGUUCCUGUCCUAUUUCCUCCUCUCCUUUCCUGCAUCCACAGUUCCUUUCCUGCAUCCUCUGUUCUUGUCCUACAUCGUCCUUUCCUACAUCCUCCGUUCCUUUCCUACAUCCUCUGUUCUUGUCCUAUAUUGUCCCUUCCUUCAUCUUUAGUUCAUGUCCUAUUUCCUCCUCUCCUUUCCUGCAUCCACAGUUCCUUUCCUACAUCCUCUGUUCUUGUCCUACAUCGUCCUUUCCUGCAUCCACAAUUCCUUUCCUACAUCCUCUGUUCUUGUCCUACAUCAUCCUUUCCUACAUCCUUAGUUCCUUUCCUACAUCCUCCGUUCUUUUCCUAUAUUGUCCCUUCCUUCAUCCUUAGUUCCUGUCCUAUUUCCUCCUCUCCUUUCCUGCAUCCACAGUUCCUUUCCUGCAUCCUCUGUUCUUGUCCUACAUCAUCCUUUCCUACAUCCUCUGUUCCUUUCCUACAUCCUCUGUUCUUGUCCUAUAUUGUCCCUUCCUUCAUCUUUAGUUCAUGUCCUAUUUCCUCCUCUCCUUUCCUGCAUCCACAGUUCCUUUCCUACAUCCUCUGUUCUUGUCCUACAUCGUCCUUUCCUGCAUCCACAAUUCCUUUCCUACAUUCUCUGUUCUUGUCCUACAUCGUCCUUUCCUACAUCCUUAGUUCCUUUCCUAUUUCCUCCUCUCCUCUUCUACAUCCACAGUUCCUUUCCUACAUCCUCUGUUCUUGUCCUACAUCGUCCUUUCCUGCAUCCACAAUUCCUUUCCUACAUCCUCUGUUCUUGUCCUACAUCGUCCUUUCCUACAUCCUUAGUUCCUUUCCUACAACCUCUUUUCUUUUCCUAUAUUGUCCCUUCCUUCAUCCUUAGUACCUGUCCUGUUUCCUCCUCUUCUUUCCUGCAUCCUUAGUUCCUUUCCUACAUCCUCUGUUCUUGUCCUACAUCGUCCUUUCCUACAUCCUUAGUUCCUUUCCUACAACCUCUUUUCUUUUCCUAUAUUGUCCCUUCCUUCAUCCUUAGUACCUGUCCUAUUUCCCCCUUUCCUCUUCUACAUCCACAAUUCCUUUCCUACAUACUCUGUUCUUGUCCUACAUCGUCCUUUCCUACAUCCUCUGUUCUUUUCCUAUAUUGUCCCUUCCUUCAUCCUUAGUACAUGUCCUGUUUCCUCCUCUCCUUUCCUGCAUCCACAAUUCCUUUCCUACAUCCUCUGUUCUUGUCCUACAUUGUCCUUUCCUACAUCCUUAGUUCCUUUCCUACAUCCUCUGUUCUUUUCCUAUAUUGUCCCUUCCUUCAUCCUUAGUUCCUGUCCUGUUUCCUCCUCUCCUUUCCUGCAUCCUUAGUUCCUUUCCUACAUCCUCAGUUCCUUUCCUAUUUCCCCCUCUCCUCUUCUACAUCCACAAUUCCUUUCCUACAUCCUUUGUUCUUGUCCUACAUCGUCCUUUCCUACAUCCUUAGUUCCUUUUCUACAUCCUCUGUUCUUGUCCUACAUCGUCCUUUCCUACAUCCUUAGUUCCUUUCCUACAUUCUCUGUUCUUGUCCUACAUUGUCCUUUCCUACAUCCUUAGUUCCUUUCCUACAUUCUCUGUUCUUGUCCUACAUCGUCCUUUCCUACAUCCUUAGUGCCUGUCCUAUUUCCCCCUCUCCUCUUCUACAUCCUUAGUUCCUUUCCUACAUCCUUUGUUCUUUUCCUUCAUCGUCCUUUCCUGCAUCCUUAGUUCCUUUCCUACAUCCUCUGUUCUUUUCCUAUAUUGUCCCUUCCUUCAUCCUUAGUACCUGUCCUGUUUCCUCCUCUCCUUUCUUGCAUCCUUAGUUCCUUUCCUACAUCCUCUGUUCUUGUCCUACAUCGUCCUUUCCUACAUCCUUAGUUCCUUUCCUAUUUCCCCCUCUCCUCUUCUACAUCCACAAUUCCUUUCCUACAUCCUCUGUUCUUGUCCUACAUCGUCCUUUCCUACAUCCUCAGUUCCUUUCCUACAUCCUCUGUUCUUUUCCUACAUCGUCCUUUCCUACAUCCUUAUUUCCUGUCCUAUUUCCUCCUCUCCUUUCCUACAUCCACUGUUCCUUUCCUACAUCCUCUGUUCUUUUCCUACAUUUUCCUUUCCUACAUCCUUAGUUCCUUUCCAAUUUCCUCCUCUCCUUUCCUACAUCCUUAGUUCCUGUCCUAUUUCCUCCUCUCCUUUCCUACAUCCACUGUUCCUUUCCUAUUUCCUCCUCUCCUUUCCUACUCCACUGUUCCUGGCCUCAGUCUUCCCUCAGCCUUCUUCCCUACCUCCCCCUUUCUUUCCUACACCCUUCUCUCCUGUCUUACAUCGUUCCUUUCCUUCCUCACAUCCUUGAUCCACGCCAUCCUGUCCUUUCCCACAUCCUACUUUCCUACAUACUCAGUUGCUUCCCUGAGUCCUUCUUCCUGUCCUACAUCCUCUGUUCUCUUCCCACAUACUUCUGUCCUUUCCUGCAUCCUCCUUUCCUUUCCUUUCCUUCUGGGUUUCCUUUACUAUCUCCUUCUUUUCUCUGUGCCUCACUACUGUUUUAAUCCAAGACACACACACACACACACACACACCUGAGAGCACCAGCAGGUACCACUCAGGUGUUGUAGAUAAGCCCGGUUGCCAUGGCGAUAUGGCCCGGCAGCCACGGCAACAGCAUCCCACCUCUCCUCACUUUUGUCUUUUCUCUGUUGUUUCUCACACACACACACACACACACACACACAGAAACAACAAUGCUGAUGAGUUGCUUGUUUUGCCUCGAAAUGCUCAACAUGUGACGCAUCGCCGCUGCCCAUCAGCCAAUCAGGAGCGCCCCCUGUAACUCACACCCACCCGCGCACGCACACACACACACACACACACACACACACACACACACACACACACACACACACAUAUUGGAUUUUAAAAACGGUGUCAGUUCAAAUCCCAGUAAUCCCUUCCUUCCAUUUUUCCUCCUGUCUCCUCCUUUCCUUCCUCACUUCCUUGUUCUGUUUGCACCUCCUUACCUUACCUACCUCCUCCAUUCCUUUCCCCUCAGUUCAGCUUCCUCCUCAUCUUCAUUACCUCUCCUUCUUCCUUACCUCCUCCUUUCCUUUCCUCCUUCUUUCCUCACCCCUCACAUCCCCUUCAUGUCCCUUUUCCUUGUUUUUUUGUUUCCUUUCUUAUCUCCUCACUUCCCCAAUUUCCUUCUUCUUUCCUUCUGCACCUCGUUUUCUUUCCUUCACUUCCUCCUUUGCUUUCUUACCCUCUCGAUGUCUUCACUGUGUUCUCCUUUCCUCAUACCUCAUUUCCUUCUCUUCACCUUGCUCCUCGUUCUUUUAUAUCCUUCUCUCCUUCUUUCCUUUGCCUUCUCCUCAACCUCUUGUUUUAACCUCUGUAUCUUCUCGUUCUCCACGUUGUUUCCUUAUCUCCUUCUCUCCUUCCCUUCCAGGCCUGACAGGUUGAAACAUCCGUGUUAGAACACUGACCACUCGUUUGUAUCUGCCAUGAAAGUUUAGUCGUAGAGUUUAUUGUUCAUCGGCGCCGUGUGUCAUCAGCAGGAGGAUUUGGGGCUAAAACAAGAGCAGAUUAACGGAGUCUUAGCCGCAGCUUAACACCGGAUUUACCUGCUGAAUAUUCUCACCCUCAAACAAACUCUAAAGACCGGCUGCUGGCUGAGAGUGAGCUCAGACCUGAAGGUCACUUCAUCUUAAAGAGGGAUUCAUUUACAAGGAGGAAUAACAGUUAAUCUGCCUCCCAGCAGCCGACCGGCCAAUUAAAAUCCUCCGCUGACAAAACAGCUGGAAGUGAACAACAGGAGGGACGUCAGGCGGCCCUCACGCCGACAGUCUUAUCUGUACGUUUAUAGUUCUUGCAGUUUUCAACUUUAUUGAAUUUCAGUUGAGUCUUGAUUUAAGUUAAACUACAGUACAGUACAACUGCAGCUUUAAUGCCGGGUUCAGACUUCAUGACAGUUUGCUCCGUUCUGAUAGAGUCAUAAACUCUCGCCAUGACUUUGCCGACUGAAAAGGACUACACGUUUGUCCUCAACCAAUCGUCGCUGGUCAUCUUUCAGAUUAUGCUUGUCCUAUUUUUAUUAUUACUAUUAUGUCUGUUCACGUGCCAGCUGAAGUGUUGCUGUAGUAACGUAAAAAGUGUCACCAGAUGGGCGGAGCUACAUUUGAAGCACCGCAUGAAAAGUCACUGAAUCCUCCACAACAAGUUUCUGCAAAUAUUUCACAAUAAAAGCUUUUUUAGGAAAUUAUAUGGGACUUUUAAUUUGAAACGGAUACAGGAAGUGUUGAGUUUGAAAUGACGGCGCGAUGCGUUUACUCUGACAGGACAAACAGGAGCAGAUUAACACUAAAAGCACAAUAAUAGAUGACGGUCGUGAAGUCGUGAACGACAAAAAGAAAAUCAAACAUGCUAGACUUUCUGUUGGGACGUCGUGAGGCGUCCCAGUCGUGGCUUCAGUUGUCGUCUACUAUGACACACUCCACAAGAUCGUGUACGACACUUUGACGUUCACGAUCCGAGCCGACACUGUACCUCACUGCGUCGGGCUGAUAUCGUGUAGUGUGAACCCGGCAUUAUGUAACCUUUUAGCUUUGGCUGUACAGAUUUUAGGGACAUGAAGCAUUUGAAGAUACUCAAAGAAAUGACGUCACAAUAAUACAAAUGUCAUGCUUUGUAUUUUCAUUUAAAAAGAUGAUAAUUAUCAGCCAGUAGUAGAGGUACUGUACUUCUCAAUCACGGCCUCUGACGUCCAGAAUCAGCCUGACUUGAUUUAACCUGAAAACCAACUUUAGAUCGGCCCAAACGUUCUUCUAAAAAUAGCAAACUGAUGGAAUUUUUUGGUCUCUAAACGACCAUUUUCCUGUUUCAGCUGCUGAGUUGUUGCUGCAGGCUGCAUGACAUGAAGUAUGAUCAUAUAAACAUUAUCAGCCCGGAAACCUGCAGACUCUUCUGCCCUCAGAUCUCCCACAGCAGCUGUAACUGUUUUAAUAACCUCCACAUGGUGCCGUUUCUCUUGGAUCUGACAUGUUUCUUCAGCGCAGAGAGAUUUCUCAGUCACAGAACAUUCAUCAUGUAUUAUAAUCCCCGCUGAUAUGAAUCCCAAUUUCAGGAAUCUUCCUCAAAUAUAUUUUUUAUGAUAUCUUAACUUUAUGCUGCGUCACGGCGCUCUUUAAGUGGAGCCAUUCUUCUUCCUCAGACGUGUUCUUUAGCUUCCAGCAGAGCAAGCUGAGCCGUGCUAAUUCAUGCAAGUGACACAAUACCCAGCGGGGUGCGUUCACAGCCGAGCAUCAGCUGCUCUGCUUCAACUUCACUCGCACACUGCAGAGAGGCUUUUCAAUUGAUUCCACAAUUCAACAAAAUAAAACGUACCCUCCUUUUUGAAAGCUGAAUUGAAAUUGGACGUGAAAAGAGACACAAGUACACGAGGAAGAUCCAUCUAACGGGGGAGGAAAAUAAAUGAUAGCCGGCUGUUGUUCAGCUUCCGACAAGGUUAAAGAUUUCUGUGUCACAAAAACGACGUCUUGUACAGGCGUAAACAAAAAACAUCACUGAUUGCUCUUAAAGUUCAGAGUCGUCUCAAGGCUUCACUGCAGCCUUCGUGUCCCUUCAUGUUUCUGUCUCUGAAUCCUAAAAGCUUGUGAGAACAGUUUGCUUUGGCAGAAUGCUUCACAUCGUUCACAGCUCUGAGUUUAAUGUUCAGAUCUCAUCAGGACAGAAAAACCUCCAGAGACAGAAACUAUGACACCAAGCAACAUGAAGAGAGAGUCUUAAUUUGAUCAAUAUUUAUUUAAUAUAAGGUUGGUUUUCCAAACUGGCUGUAGGUUGAAACAUUUCCUUAUCGGUGCCGACAGGAAAACACGGAUGUUGUUGUGCUCACUGAGAAUCAUUACUAUCUGUAAUUUAACCUUGAAACAAUCAGUUGACGGAGUAAUCAUCAAUAAUUCUGACAAUCAGUUAGUUGUAUUUUUACGUUAUUUUUUAAGUAAAAAUACCAAAACUUUGCUGCUUCUAGUAGAAAAGACGUCCCAAGACGUCCCAAGACACACAUGCUCAGGCACGCUCACAGUGAGCUGCUUGUAGGUGGCGCUGUGAGCUCUGAGGUUGAAGCUCUGAUCACACAGAGGUUACAAAACAUGAGGUGCGCCCAACUGCCUUUUUUUUCUUUAAAUUGAAUGCCACUAGUAAACAAAAAAAAAAUCUCGCUGCACCUUUUUAUUGUUUCCAGGCAACCACCCCAUCGCCUCCCUACUCUAAGGGAGCGAUCACACUGAGAUGAAAUGCCAGAAAUGCGACGCCAGUAAAACCAUUGUUUUCUUAUAAUACGGCACGUCUGAAUAGCGUUCAAGCGUCUUUUUAGACGUGCGUUUUUUGAUCACCACAGAAGGCUCGGCUCUCAAAUCAUCCCAUUGGACAAUGGGAAAAAAGCGGAGAUGACGUGGGCGCUUUUCUGCUCUGAGGAGUUCAGAGCGCUACGGCAAAAAUGCCAGACGCCUAGAUCGCGGAAACACGAGGCACGUAGCGACGCAAACACAGCGAGCAAAAAGCUUCAUUCUCAUCAAAACAAUCACUUUCUGUGUGAUCAGGACCUAAAGGAGGCAUCCACCAGUGACGUCCUCCAGGAUGAAAGAAGUUCCGCCUUAUUUAAAAAAGCUGCUGAUAUGUUCCUCACAUCUCCAGCUGCUGUUGUUGUUGUUGUUCUCAUUUACUUCGUGGCCUCUCCCAUAUAAACUGCUAGCUGAGAAACAGGAAGUCAUCACAAACAGACCGAUUACGUCCGAGACAUUCAGAAUCUGGAUGUUGGUUUUUGGCAGAACGCUCCGGUGUACACAUCUGCAUCAUGUCCUCUGAUAUACGGAUGUGUUUUUGUAAGUUAAGUGACCUCUGUUUCUGUCGUCAGACGAAAAACCACACGACUGUUUCAUGUUUUCUUCUCAGUGUAAAAGAUCAUUUAGUCCUUUCUGACAUUACUGUGUGUUUUUUAUUUGUGGAUGUGGAUGUGAUAAAAGACACUAAACACUGAAAUGAAUCUUAAAAAGUUUUUUUUAAGCUCAGAGAAAGAUCAGAUGUUGUAAAGUCUCAAAUUAAAGCCUGAAUUCAGUGCCGCACAAACCAACAGAGGCCGAGGUAAAACAAUAAUUACCUGCUCUACAAUACGUUUCUGUUAAAUGUCAUCACAACACACAUUUCCACGGGACACAAGUUUCUCU